AUGAACACACGAAUUCAAAUAAUUGAUGAAACAAAGCCCACUUAUCAAGAAGUUGAGCAGGCUUUAAUUAAUGUAAUCAAAGCUGGUCUAUAUUAUAGAAAGCCAAAAGAUGGCAAGUUCAUGCAGAACUAUAAAGAAAGAAUUAAGAAACUGUGUCAGGCAGAAGACCCAGAAAAGUAUGUAUUAAAUAUAGCAAUGACAAUAUUACCUAAUAAAGACAAAUAUAAUAAAAUUACAAAUGAUUAUAAAGAAUUUUAUGGUUGGGAUCCAAAGAUUCUUGAUUCUAUUAUUGAAUUAUAUAAGUUAUAUUACAAAUUGGCUAAAGAUUAUUUCAUUAAAGAAGCACAAAUUGAUAAAGAAGCAGAAGAUUUUCUUAAUUUAUAA